UGAUCGGCAACAAGAUGGAAGCAGAGCAGGAGAUGGAGCGUCUGAGGAGCCAGCUGAGGGAGAAGCAGGAGCAGGUCCACCAGGCUGCUCAGGCUGGUCUGGAUCUCCUCAACCAGCAGAUGGAAAUGCAGAACCGACUGGACGAGCAGAGAGUGGAGAUGACCAACGCACUGGAGGCUCUGGAGCAGGAGAAGUACUCUCUUCAGAGGGAAGUGGAGCUAAAGACUCGGAUGCUGAAGUCCCUGCAGUCAGACUACGACUGUGUGAAGAAGCAGCAGGGACAGCAGUUUGAGGAGAAACAGGAACAGCUGGAGAGGAGCCACAGUGCAGCGCUCAACGAGCUCAACAACAAGGUGCUGAGGCUGCAGUCGGCUCUGGAGGAAUCUCAGCUGAACCAGAAACAGCUGCAACACAAACUGGAAGUUCAGACUGAGACUCUGAACAACAAGAUGGAGGAGCUGAGAGCUCUGAAUGAAAACACCCAGAGCUCCAUGACUAGUGAGAUGAUGGAGGUGCAGAACAACAUCAUGGAGCUGGAGGACAUUAAGGUGGAGCUGGAGCAGACGCUGCAGGAGUCUCGCUUCAGAGAGCAGCAGCUGCAGCUGACCAACAGCAGCCUGCAGCGCCAGCUGGAGCAGGUCACAGAGGAGAAGGAGGAGCGGGAGAAGGAGGCCGUUUCCUGUUUUAAUGCACUAGAGAAAUCUCGUGAAGCAAACCGGGACCUCCAGGUGGAGCUGGACCAGGUUCUACAACAGGCCCAGGAUCCCAACAGUAAAGGCAACUCUCUGUUCGCUGAGUUGGAGGAUAAGCGUGCUGCCAUGGAGAGACAGCUCAUCAGUAUGAAGGUCCAGUAUGUGUCCCUGCAGAAACAAUACGCAUUCAGCAAACAGCAGCUGCAGCGCAUGAAGGUCCAGAUCGCCACUCUGAUGCAGCUGCAGGGCUCCAGGGCCGACCCGGCUCAGCUGGAGAGGCUGCAGGCCAUGCUCGCUGAGAAGAACGGAGAGAUCCAGAACCUCACCACCAAGCUGCAGAGUUAUCAUCACAACUAUCACGUGAUGUUGAAGUCCCAGCCAGCUAAUCCGUCUCCAGCUGGCAGCAGUGACGUCCAGGAUGAGACGUACUACACCGACCUGCUCAAGAUGCAGCUCAGCAACGCUGUUUCGGAUGCAGAGCGUCUGGGAGACGAGCUUUCCCUGCAGAGGAUGAAGUCGUUGUCAGAGAGCCAGAGAGCUUUAGAGCUGGAGAGGAAACUCUUCUCUUCUGACCGGCUGCUCAAACAGACUCAGAGCGACAAGAUCAAACUGCAGCUGCGAGUCGAGGAGCUCCAACACAAGUAUGAACCCAAAGAGGCCAAAAAGAAUCCGAUCCAGAAGAAGAAGAAGAAGGAGAAGCUUCCUGUCGACAUUGUUCCCCCCUCUGAGGAACCCACACAUGUCAAGGGAGAGCCGGUUGUUGCCGUGGAGAUGGACGUCAUAGAUGCUAAGGCUACGAAGGCCUCAGACCCUGAAGAGGACACUCGUCCUCCAGCCGAGGCAGUGAGCUCCACACAAGAGCCCGAGCCACGACCUGCCAAGUGUGUGAAGAUCAGUGGAGAUGAGCCUGUUGUCAUUCCAAACCCCAGCUCUCCUCAGACCGACUGUAAGGAGAAGAAGGAGAAGGAGAUAAAGACGGAGGAGAACCAGCAGCAGAACAAGAGAGAGGAGAGGAGAAAGAAACCAAGAUCAGUGGAGGUGAUCCACGUCGACUCUAAGAGCAGCAUGGAGAACCAGUGUGCUCAGCAGUAGCACUCACACCCAUCUCUCUCUCUCUCUAUAUAUAUAUAUAUAUAUUAUAUAUGUAUAUGAAUGCUGCUAUAAUGUCUGUAAAGAUAGUCUGUAUGUUUUUCAUUCAUUCAAAUAUUUUUAUUUUUUCUGCUGAUUAGACUGUAUGUCCUCUUUUCUGUCAAUAUAUAUGUACAUUUUACUGUAUUAAAAACAUUUUUAAACACACA